AUGGCACGCAAACUCCUCGCUUUGUGGAAAGAGGCAUACUGCAAUGAUGACGCUGCCAAGCAAGGGGAGCAAACGGCGGAGGUGACGUUCGAGAUGAUUGAAACGAAGAAAGUAGCUCCUGUGAUGCGGGACGUGAAGCCAAUCGGCGAAGAUCAAUUUACGAAGAUCUGGGAAUGGAUCAAUAAAGAAAUGAUAGGCAAUGGAAGUGGAAAAGGAAUCUAG